CUAAGAAAAGGGGACGCCAGAGUGAACAAAAAUGUCCUUAUUUAAAGCCCGUGAUUGGUGGUCUACUAUUCUGGGAGAAAAAGAAGAAUUUGAUCAAGGCUGUUUGUGUUUGGCUGAUGUGGACAAUACGGGGAGUGGCCAAGAUAAAAUCAUUGUGGGUAGCUUUAUGGGGUAUCUAAGAAUCUUCAACCCCCAUCCUGUGAAAAUUGGAGAUGGAGCCCAUGCUGAAGAUCUGCUUCUAGAAGUACAGCUGCAGAGCCCUAUCCUGCAGGUGGAAGUAGGCAAGUUUGUCUCAGGUACUGAAUUGCUUCAUUUGGCUGUGCUGCAUUCUAGGAAGCUCUGUGUCUACUUUGUCUCAGGUACCUUGGGUAACGUGGAACAUGGUAACCAAUAUCAGAUCAAACUGAUGUAUGAACACAAUCUUCAGAGAACAGCGUACAACAUGACUUAUGGACCAUUUGGUGGUGUCAAAGGUCGAGACUUAAUUUGUAUCCAGUCAAUGGACGGCAUGCUGAUGGUGUUUGAGCAGGAAAGCUAUGCUUUCGGGAGGUUCCUCCCCGGCUCUCUUCUCCCUGGACCUCUUGCUUACAGUUCCCGGACAGAUUCUUUCAUUACUGUUUCUUCUUGCCGACAAGUGGAAAGUUACAAGUACCAAGUACUUGCUUUUGCAACGGAUGCAGAUAAAAAACAGGAGACUGAACAGCAAAAACUUGGUUCUGGAAAAAGACUAGUUGUGGAUUGGACUCUAAACAUUGGGGAGCAAGCCCUUGAUAUCUGUAUUGUUUCUUUCAAUCAGUCAGUAUCUUCCGUUUUUGUGCUUGGUGAGAGAAACUUUUUUUGCCUUAAGGAAAAUGGACAAAUUCGAUUCAUGAAGAAACUUGAUUGUAGUCCGAGCUGUUUUCUCCCAUAUUGCUCAGUUUCUGAAGGAACAAUAAAUACUCUGAUUGGAAACCAUAACAGCAUGCUGCAUAUUUACCAGGAUGUGACACUGAAGUGGGCCUCUCAGCUUCCUCACAAUCCUGUCGCAGUAAGAGUAGGAUCUUUACAUGAUUUAAAGGGAGUGAUAGUCACUCUGAGCGACGAUGGUCACUUGCAGUGUUCCUACCUGGGGACAGAUCCUUCUCUGUUCCAGGCUCCCAAGGUUGAAGCUAGAGAACUGAACUACGAUGAACUGGAUGUAGAGUUGAAAGAACUUCAGAAAAUCAUCAAAGAUGUUAACAGAUCACAAGGUGUUUGGCCCAUGACUGAGAGGGAAGAUGACUUGAAAGUGUCUGCCGUGGUUUCUCCUAAUUGUGAUUCAGUGCCUGCUACUGAUGCUGAUGCAGGACCUGACCUCGUCCCUUCUGUCACAGUGAAGAUCACCCUGCAGAAUCGAGUGGCAUUGCAGAAAGUCAAAUUGUCAGUCUAUGUGUAUUCACCAUUGGUAUUAACUUGUGAUCAGUUCACCUUUGAACUUACUGCACCAGAGAUGUCUAAAACAGCAGUCUUUUCUGUGUACCUGAAAGGAAAUUAUAUGCCAUCUGAGUUGGAAGGAAAUGCGGUUGUUUCUUAUUCCAGACCAACAGGUAAAUGUGCACUUGGCAUUUCUCGAGUUAUCCAAUGUAAAUUUAGACUUCCCUUGAAGUUAAUAUGCUUACCAGGUCAGCCUUCCAAAACAGCAAGCCAUAAGCUGACUAUUGACACAAACAGACCUCCAGUCAGCCUUCUCAGUCUCUUUCCAGGCUUUGCAAAUCAAUCAGAAGAUGAUCAGGUGAAUGUAAUGGGUUUUCGUUUCUUAGGAGGUUCCCGAGUUACUCUUCUUGCUUCUAAAACCUCUCAACGAUACCGCAUUCAGAGUGAACAGUUUGAAGACCUCUGGCUCAUAACAAAUGAGCUUAUUAUCCGCCUUCACGAACAUUUUGAGAAGCAGGGAGUCAAAGAUUUUGCGUGUUCUUUUUCUGGAUCAAUGCCCCUUCAAGAAUAUUUUGAGUUGAUUGAUCAUCAUUUUGAGCUUCGGAUAAAUGGUGAAAGAUUAGAAGAACUUUUAUCGGAAAGAGCUGUGCAGUUUCGGGCUAUCCAGCGUCGACUGUUAACAAGAUUCAAAGAUAAAACACCCGCCCCUCUCCAGCACUUGGACACCUUGCUCGAUGGAACUUACAAGCAGGUAAUUGCUCUAGCAGAUGCCGUCGAGGAGAACCAAGAAAAUCUGUUGCAGUCAUUCAGCUGCUUGAAGAGUGCCACCCAUUUGAUGGUCCUGCUCAUCGGGCUGUGGCAGAAGCUCAGUGCCGACCAGGUUGCUAUUCUGGAGGCAGCAUUGCUACCCUUGCAGCAGGACUCCCAAGAGCUGGGAUGGGAAGAAACAGUGGACGCUGCCAUUUCUCACCUUCUAAAAACCUGUCUGUCGAAGAGCUCAAAGGAGCAGGCUCUGAACCUCAGCAGCCACCUGGGCAUCCCCAAAGACACCAGCCGGCUGAAGAAACACAUCACCUUGUUCUGCGACAGGUUGGCCAAAGGCGGACGUCUCUGUCUCAGUACCGACGCUGCUGCUCCACAGACCAUGGUCAUGCCAGGUGGCUGCACUACGAUCCCAGAAUCAGAGCUAGAGGAAAGAGCAAUAGAACAAGAUGCCCCCGAACUGUUUACCAACCACAAACACCUCAUGGCAGACCCAUCCACACCUGAAGUCUCACCCCUCCAAGGAGAAUAAAGUUUAAACAGAGUUGUCUGAUCAAAAGCAAGAGGGCUUCCCAGUGCUGAUCCUGUGUAAACCUCAUGCCAAAUGCAAAGAGAGUCCUGUUUAUCCAGCUCACCCACCUGGAGAAGACACAUUACAGAGAGGAGGAUCUGGACUUUUAAUUUUGUGAAGAGGACUUAUAACACCAGGAAAAGCAAUUUCAACUUGUCCUCCAGGAAAGGAAAUUACUGCUUUCUUGGUCAUCUGUCUGAUUGCAGCUACAAUUUCAGGAUAUAGUGAAAUGACAUCAUUUUGGGACAGACUUUAUCAUUGAAAGUCCUAGACCCAAAAUUAUUUGAUACCCCAUUUUCCCGCACAAAAUUCUUAUAGAGUAAAUGCAUCCAGUUUAAUAAAGCAUCUCAUUGUCAAACAAAAAAAAUCUUGAAUUUGAUUUGGUUACCUAGGUGAUUUCUCUAUA